AUGUCACCUGUCGCCACCACCAGCAGUACCGCCCUGCUGCUACAAGAAUUGCCUCAUCAUUUGCUUUUGGACCCACGCCUGGUUGGCACAACCCUAAAGGUUAUUGUAAACAGUGGUAGCUACAGCGAGAAGGAGCUUUCUGUCACCAUCAAUGAGGUCGACGGACAGGUCAGCAUCUGCCAUGUUGUAUAUAACAAGUUGACUGGCCUUCCUCCAGAGUGGGUCUCACUGAAACAUCUGAAUGUGACAUGUGAUAAUGGACUUCUUGUCGUCAUCAAAGGUGAACACUGCAGCAAGCACCACGAUGGACAGGUGCUCAUGAACUUGGCUGUUGUGAGGAGGUCACCCGGCACAGCGGACACACUUUUGGACAAACGACUGGAACUUACAACGGACUUUCUUUGUGUAGGCUCAGAAUCCAAGGAGGAGAAGAAGCUGAAUAGUUCUCUAAUGACCUCUCUAUGGGAUGAUAUGCGCAAACUAGCUCGUGGAUAA